CCGUAAUCACAGAUAUAUUGUACUUGGUGAAUCUAAAAUUUGAUAUCGAUGAAAAAAUAUAAUGGGAGCUGCGAUGCCUUAAGAAUACUACCUAUUAUAGAGAUAGUUGUGCGAGGGAGACGAUGAAGAUUGUUACAUACAAUGUAAAUGGACUUCGCCCGCGCAUACGUUUUCAUGGCUCCCUCGCCAAAUUCCUUAAUUCCCUCAACGCGGAGAUCAUAUGCCUCCAGGAAACAAAAUUGUCAAGGAAAGAACUUUCAAUAGAUAUAGCUAUGGCAGAGGGAUAUGAAUCUUUUUUUUCAUGCACACGUACAACAUGUCGGGGGAGGGUUGGCUACUCAGGUGUUGCAACAUUUUGCAAAGUAAAUAAGGCAUUUUCAAGUACAGAAGUCACUUUGCCGCUCGCAGUAGAGGAGGGAUUCACUGGUCUGGUAAAUUGCGCAAGGUUGGGGGAAACUAAUGCAGCUGUUAGUGGAAUUAGUAAUUAUGAAGUUGAGAAAGGACCAGAGGGCCUUACAAGACAGGAACUACUGAAGCUUGACAGUGAAGGUCGUUGUAUUAUCACAGAUCAUGGACACUUUGUCCUGUUUAAUAUUUAUGGGCCAUUUGCUGCGAGCGAUGAUUCAGAACGUUUUCAAUUCAAGCUGUAUUUCUUUAAGGUGUUGCAGAGAAGGUUUCAAGCUUUUCUAGGUCAAGGAAGGAGGGUGAUUAUUGCGGGUGAUCUGAAUAUUGCACCUUUUAGUAUUGACUCCUGUGACCCAGGACCACAUUUUGAAGAAAAUAUGUGUAGGAAGUGGUUGAGGAUGUUACUGAAUGAUGGAGGACCCUUUACUGAUGCAUUUAGGAAAUUUCAUCCAUACAGGAAGGAAGCAUACACUUGCUGGGCACAAGUUACAGGUGCUGAGGAAUUUAACUAUGGCACAAGAAUUGAUCUCAUUCUUGUGGCCGGACCAUGCCUACAUCAAGAAGCUAAUUCAAAGCGUCAUAAUUUUAUUAAUUGCCAUAUUGAAGAAUGUGAUAUAUUGAGCUAUUUCAAGCGCAAUAAGCCAGACAAAACACCAAAAUGGCAAGGGGGGAGAAGUCUUAAACUCGAAGGUUCUGACCAUGCUCCUGUUUAUAUCACAAUUAGUGAAAUGCCAGAUGUUGCAAUUCAUGAUGUUCCAGCUCUUGCAGCUCGAUAUAUGCCUGAGCUUAGUGGACGGCAACAAAGUAUUUUGUCACUUCUUCAAAAGAGACAGGUAGCAGAAAUUGGUCUCUCUGUUGUAUCAGAUUUUUCUUCUAGAAAGAAAUGCCGAGAGAAAAGUUCUGAAAGAGAAAUCAAUGUAUCUGCUGAUGAAAGCAAAAAACCAGAAGUACCUUUAUGCAAUAUGUCUGCUACAGAUUACUGUGAACCAUCAUUAGCUUUAAUUCAACAGCCCUCUUCAGAGUUCUCUGAAGAAAACAAGUUCUUCAAAAAUCAUUGCCUUUCAGUUUCAAAGGAUUCCCUGAAAAGUGCAUGGUUUGAUUGCAUUGAAGCAAAGAGAAAACAGCUCCCUAUGAAUCAAAACAGGCAAACAGUCCGUCAAAAAAAAAAGAAUGAAAGUGAAGCUCGUCAGUGCACCUUAUGGAGUUUUUUUCCAGUGAACUCAACAAAGGCAUCAAAAGAUAGCAGUUAUAUGAUAUGUGAAGAAGUAUAUAAAUCAGAAACCGAUCAAAAUACACAAAGAGGAAACAUUGUUUCUGAAACAGAAACCGCUGAAAUGAAAGAACUAAAUCUUCCCACAGAUCAGAGUGGUAUUCAACAUUCCCAAUAUAAUAUGAACUGUAACCAAGAUGGUGAAAAGGACAAGAUUAGUGUCUCAAAGAGUGUGUGGGAAGAAGAAAAAACUGCACAGUAUCUGGAACCAAUUAUAUUAGGGGGGAAGGAUAAGGUCAAAACUGCAGCUCUGGAAUGGCAGAAGAUUCAGAAUCUGAUGACUAGCAGUGUGCCUCUUUGCGAAGGCCAUGGUGAGCCUUGUGUUGCUCGUGUUGUAAAGAAAGCAGGCCCAAACAUUGGUCGUGGAUUUUAUGUGUGUGCCCGUGCUAAGGGGCCCGAGUCAAAUCCAGAAACACGUUGCAAACACUUCGAGUGGUCUUCCAUGAAGGGAAAGAGUAAAGGAAGAUGAUUUUUUAUUGGGAAGUAUACUUUUUUGGUGAACUUUUGGGUAGGUUCUCUUUUAGUUGAUGAGAGAAUAUUUUGAAUAUUGAAGGUUUUAGAAACGAUUUGAAUGAUGAGAAUCAUCAGAUUAUGUAUCAAAGUCAAAUCUGAACAUGCUUCUUUUAUACAAGGGACUCUCAACCUCCACACUUUUCUAGUUCUGUACUAAAGAUUAUUAAAAAAUGUUGUAGAAAAAUGAAUAACACCAUUUUUGGAUAUUUA